UGAGUCGCUCAAACAUCAGGAUCAUUCGGAUUCCGAUGAAACGAGGCAUUCGAACGCCUAAAGAUCUUCUUACAAUCUAUGCUAAAAAGGAAGUAAUAUCUGACCAAGAUUUGCUCAAGUCGUUAAUCUACUCCAAUUCGCGGAACACCACAUUUGAGGUGAUGAAAAUUGUAAACGAGGCUCGAGGAACACCGGGUGGGGAGCGUGAUCCGGAUAGUAAGCUGAUCAGGAGGUAUCAUUCUUGUACCGGCCGGAAAGAGAAGCUUUGAACAAUUGAAGGUUAUACAAAUGAUGAGUUCCCGAUCAUUUCAUGUACAAACGCACUCGGUCUAGGUCAAGAUUGGCCAACGGUAAUGGAGGUCAUAGUGAUAGGACAAACUGGACUGCCUGAACUGGCUCAGCUAUUUGGUAGAUGUGGACGAGGGGACAAACCUGGACUGGCGCUUCACUUUGUUGAGAAGACUCGAAAGAAAGGCGCGAAGAACGUAGAUGAUGCAAAUAAUACCAAAGAGAUGACUGAAGACGAACUGAUGAAUACCUUCACUUUCACCCCGAUAUGCCUGCGAGUGACACUAUCACUGGCAAAUAUGUAAAUAGUUUUGUCUCUUUGACCGAUAUGCUUUGCAAAGCUAAUAUACUCACAUGACUUUGUUUGUU